AUGCAACAAUUAAAAAGAAUGGGCGUUGGAUCAUCAGGUGAAGAAGAUCAAGGACAUUCUGAUAACCUUAAACUCUAUUUUUACGAAGGCGAGGAAGAAAAUCUGUCCUUUAUAGACCUUCAGCACAAUAGUUUGAAGCUUCCAGAAAAGAAGGGAAUUCUGAAAAAGCACGAUUACGGUAUUUUGAUGAUGGGUGAUGGUAAGGAGAAUUGGGUGAGCAGUGGUGCCAACGACGAGAUUAUUAGCCAAGUAGAUAUGUCCCAGUUGGUAAGUGGACCUGGGCCGACGGAAGUGGAGAGGACGUUGAAGACGCUCAACGGGUACCACGAGGAUAUUAUAAAGGCGUUAAGGAACGCUGCUUCCUCUCACAGAGAGGAAGAAAAUCUGUCGUUAAUAGACCUUCAGCACAAUAGUUUGAAGCUUCCAGAGAAGAAAGGAAUUCUGAAAAAGCACGAUUACGGUAUUUUGGUGAUCGGUGAUGGUAAGGAGAAUUGGGUGAGUAGUGGUGCCAACGACGAGAUUAUUAGCCAAGUAGAUAUGUCCCAGUUGGUAAGUGGACCUGGGUCAACGGAGGUGGAGAGGACGUUAAAGACGCUCAACGGGUAUCACGAGGAUAUUAUAAAGGAGUUGAGGAACGCUGCUUCCUCUCACAAGGGGACAUCAACUCCUAGUGGUAGCACAAGUGCAUUAAGUGAAGAAUUACUGAGGAGAAGUUUGGCGCAAUGUGCAGAAAGUUACUCAGAUUAUAAGAGAAGCGGAAGUAAAGAAGACGUUUGUGAGCAGCAGCCAUCGAGUAGGCUACCUUACCCUCACCCCCAUAGUCAUCACCAAGUCGAGGAGGAAAGUAUAUACGAAACUGCAGACCAUGAAAGAGGAGCACCAUGUGGUGACACUCCCGAUAGUGAAAGUGAUGAAUUUAUUCAAGCUCAGCAGCAGCUAGCCCGGUGGGCGAGUGAGGACACGAUGGGGGGUCAGCCAGGCCCCAGCGGCGGUUCCGUAAACGUAGGCAGUGCCGUUCCUCGAGAGUACUACCCUUCGCCGAGCAGUUCGACGAGCGAAGAACCGCCGAGCAUUGCCAGGGCGCCGGCCCCGACACCAGGAAGCCACGUCCCCCACCCCGAUCACGCGACCAUCCACAGGCCGAAGAGAUACCCCGAAUACAAACACUGA